AUGGCAUCAAUUUCACAUAAGCCAGUUGGCGGUGAGAAUGCAAAGUGCAAAGUUUCUACUGCUGCAGUGGCAUUUGGGGCUGCUAGUCAUCCUAUCUUGGCAGGGACUCUUUUCAGCCCUUCAAAAAUGACAAGCUCGCGGUAUGAUCAGAAAUGGUCAUUUCUCCUCCAACAUGAUCUAGACUUGCGUCCAGAAACUUCAACUUUGAUUCUGAUUGUUCAUCAGUUUCCUUGCCAUAGAAUACUUCUUCAUAUGUUCUCAGAUAGCCUGGAGCUGUUUCAUUCAUCAAGUUUCGCGAAUUAUCGAGGAAUUGCCCGUAAACUUUAG